AUGGAAAAGGAAAGAAUCCAUCAGAGCAACAGUUUUGCUCCAAGGAAUAAAGCCACCACCCUCCCCUCAUUCUGCCAGAAAAAGGCGAAUAAAACCAAAAGCCGACCUAGGCUGCAACUUCGCGAUCAUCAGAGGCUGUUUUGCUGUACUCCAUCCAAUCCAAGCACCUUAAAUACCGCUGCUUGGAGCACAAUCCUUAACCCAGAAAUAGCACCAAGCACAUUGCUUCGUCCAGAAACUCUCGCGGACAUGGCGGCCGGGAAGCGCACCAUCGGCCUGGCGAUGGACUACUCGCCGUCCAGCAAGGCGGCGACGAGGUGGGUGGUCGAGAACCUGGUGAAGGCCGGCGACCGGAUCAUCCUCAUCCACGUCCUCCCCAAGGGAGCAGACGCCAGCCACAAGGGGCUCUGGAAGAGCACCGGUUCACCUCUGAUCCCUCUGCUGGAGUUCAUGGAGAUGAACGUGCAGGCGCGGUACGGGGUCAACCCUGACAAGGAGGUGCUGGAGAUCCUGCAAGCUGAGUCCAAAUCCAAGCAGGUAGAAAUACUGGCAAAAAUAUACUGGGGCGACGCAAGGGAGAAACUUUGCGAGGCUGUAGAUGAUCUCAAGGUGGACUCUGUUGUGCUUGGUUGCAGGGGCUUAGGGCCCUUGAAAAGAGCACUCCUUGGAAGCGUCAGCAACUAUGUUGUCAACAAUGCAACCUGCCCCGUCACAGUGGUGCGUGGACCAAAUGGAUCACUUGCUUGA